CGGGCAGGGCUGGGCGGUGGAGGCAGGUGCCUGGCAGCGGUGUUCUAGGAGUGAGCGGCAGCCGGGGCCCUGUGGUGGGCACCCGCCGGCAGGGUGCGGAGCAGGGUGCUCUGCGGACAGGGGGCCCUUUGGCUGAGCGGGUUUAAACACGAGUUCAACCAAACGGGAGCGGUUUGGACCCCCUUGAGCACGGGCGGGUGACCCCAGGCCCCCUGUGUACCCGGGUGGCUGUGGUGUGAGCGUGUCCAGGUGCCGCUGGUGUGGUUUUGCACUGUUAAAAGCGGGUUUAUCUGCAGGGUACGUGCUUGGUAGUACGAGGGUUGAGUUUUAAACUGCUUAGCUGUAUUUGUGCAAGCUUGCAUAUGGCUCUCUUGUCGGGGAGCUAAUGAAAUUACAUGUUAAACAAAGCCAGGGAGUGAAAACUGAGCAAAUGGGAUUUUGUAUAUAAACACUAUUUGGAAUAUCGUCUUCAAGUGUUUGUGGUUGCCUAACGCUUGCGUUAGAAGUAAUCUUUGACAAAGCAUCAACACUACCCACCUCUCAAGAUGGCCGAGGUUUACACUGACAGGUUCUGCAGACACAAUUUCUGAGGGGCAAGUUAGUUAUUUUUACAGUGUUUUGCUGCUAGACCUAACCCAGUACAAAUAGGGUUUAGAGGCGGAAAGUAUGACUUUACACUGAUAGUGUUUCAUUCGCUUGCCAGAGGAGUAUAAUCUGCACGGGCAUUGCUGUGGGUAGAGCUGUCUGGGUGGGGAGGCUGCUCCAGCACACAGUCCUGGCUGGUGGCAAUGUCUCGCGGGGCUGGUCUCUCCACUGCUGCCAGAGUCAACCUGCUGCUCUUGGUGGUCUCUGCAGUGUUCUCCUGGUCAAGCCUAAGUGACAGAGUGACUGAGUUUGCCCUUACAAAAAUAGAAGAGAGCGACAUAAAAGAUGACAGUGGGAAAGAGGCGGUAGCAGAAGAUGAUGCUGAUCCAGAAGACCUGGAAGUGUUUUACCCCACACAUCAGUGGCAAACCCUCCGUCCAGGACAUUUGGGUGCGUGCAGAUUGCCACGUGAUGGAUUACUGUCAUCCCAGUCGUCACUGAGUUGGGAAGCACAAAUGGGAAAGAGCAGCAACAGAAGUGUUCUGUGUAGGGAGGGUUUGCACAUGCCUCAAGCUCUUGUGCAGCAGCAUGAUGAGCAGUCCUGCUCCACGGCUUCCCAGGCAGGUCAAGCUGUUCCUGCAGGGUCACACGUACGACUGAACAUGCAGACAGGAGACAGAGAAGUCAAGCUCCCAGACAGUGAAAAUGGGAAAAGUGAUACAAGAAAAGAGAGAAGAAGAAAAAGGCUGGGCAAGGUAGAUGUUGACUCAACUUCAUUCACAUCUCAGGAGCUCAAAAAGGCACUGGCUAAAAUGAAGGAAAGUGAGAAGGCAGAACGAAAGGCCCAUGAGGAAGAGGUGAGGAAGAAGUUCCGGCCCAUCGAGCAGCUGAAGGAGGAGUUUGAAAAGCUGAACAUGAAGAUGGAGACAGAUUAUGAAAUUAUGGUGAAAUUAAUCAGCAAAUUCAACAGCUCUGCCUCCACGCUGGAUGAAAAAGUGGCGGCGCUUUAUGAUCUUGAAUAUUAUGUUCACCAGGUGGACAAUGCUAAGGACUUCCUCUCCAUGGGCGGACUCCAGCUGGUGAUCCAUGGGCUGAACAGCACCGAGGCCACCCUGAAGGAGCACGCUGCCUUCGUCCUGGGAGCCGCGCUGUCCAGCAACCCCAAAGUCCAGAUAGAAGCGAUUGAAGGGGGGGCACUGCAGAAGCUCCUGGUGAUUCUGGCUACGGAGCAACCCCUGGCUGUCAGGAAGAAGGCGCUCUUCGCGCUCUCCUCCAUGCUGAGGCACUUCCCCUACGCCCAGCAGCAGUUCCUCAAGCUCGGCGGCCUCCAGGUCCUCAGGAGCCUCUUCAGGCAGAAGGGGAUGGAGCCCCUCCACGUCCGCGUGGUGACGCUGCUCUACGACCUCAUCAUGGAGAAGAUGCUGCUGGAGGACUCGCAGCACGGGGACCACCUGGAGGAGAAGCUCCAGCAGUACCGGCAGGUGAAGCUGGUGCCGGCGGUGGUGGAGCAGGACUGGUGCGUGGUGGUUUCCAACCUGCUGGCCGUGCCGGAGCACGACAGCCGCGAGAAGGUGCUCAAGAUGGUGGGGGUGCUGAUGGCCUUCUGCAGGGAGCGCUACCGCGGGGACCCGGCGCUCAGCACCACCCUCAGCCUCCUGCGCAGCGAGUACGAGGAGCUGGCGGCGGAGGAGCAGAGGGAAGGGGACAAGGACGGGUACUUCGGGGAGCUGCUGGGCUCUGUGAACACCAUCAUCCAGGAGCUGAGCUGAAAGCAGCCCUGGGAUCCCUCCGCUCCAGGUACUUCAGGGCAACAGCGGGAGUCUGGAUGGCACCAGUGUACGCGCACCUCUGAAUAAACGCUGGACUCGCUGAGCU